CGAGCACGAUUUGCUUACUACUAACGCAGAAAUGCGAUAAAUAAAUCUUGUCAUUCAAGUAAACGAAAGGCUCAACAACGAAAUUUACUUAGCUGUUUCAAAAUAUCAAUAACUCCAAUUACUAACUUCUAACUUCCCUACUCAUCCCUAACGCUGGCGAUACUAUCGAAGGGAUCAGCUGCUCGUCGAUACUGAAAAGUUUAGAAAAAGCGAAAAACUGAACUGCGUAGAAAUCAAGUAGCAGCUGUGCCACCCAAAAAACAAGUCGUUUGCACUUUCAAAUCAGCGAUAGCUACUACCUGAAAACAAAAUUCCACGUCAAAUUCGGACAGCCACGGGAAAUCCGGCAUAUUCGAUAGCGCCCGCAGAGCACAGAGCACAGAGCUCUCGAAAUCCAGUUCCGUCAGCCAAGCGGUUUCUACGCAUUUGCAGAAGCCUAUGAUAUAACAAUGUCACGAUCUCUGAGUCGCGUACUGGGCACCGUCUGGGCGCCAUCCCUGGCCAUUUCUCAUCCCGGAAAUCGGGGAUCCAACAGACUGAACGGCCUACUGCGCGCCAAGGGGGCCACCGCGACCAUCAUCCCGAUGGCUGAGUACUCCAAGCGAAAUGGUCCGCCAUCGGAUGCCGGCGAGUCCUUCAAGACCGUCACCAAGUCGCGGGAUCUCGACGGCGACGAUGAGCUGAAUAGCUUGGAGAGCGAACCCAACUGGGAACUGACCGCCGCAAGGAGCAAUCGCUUCUAUCUGCCCAAUGCCACAGGUCCCGCCUGGCAGGGCGACACGACCACCGUCGGGCUGCUGGAGCCGCUUGGCCAGCUGGUCAACUUCCUCAAGGAGGCCAACGCGGACAAGUCGCGCCUGGAGUUCACCUGCUGUCAGUGUCCCAUGCUCAUCCGCGAGUCGCUCGUGGAACUCUUCCCGGUGCGCGUCGUCGCGCAGCGGGACUCAUCCAUCACCAUGCUGGUUCUCAGCUAUGAAGGAGACAUAGAAAUGGGCGCCGCCAAGUUUGUGCUGGCAGCGCGGGACAUGUGCGAUCGCCUGCUGUCGCAGGGAUACUGGGCGGACUUCCUGAAUCCGUUUAGCGGGCGGCCGUACUUUAUGCCGCGGGACGGGGCCAAUCUGUAUAAGCAGGACCACCGUUUCCGUGGACUGAACAUGCUGCUGUCGCAACAAAACCAUUGCACAGUGAUUGCCGCCGAGGAGAACGACAGCACCCGCUUCUCGGGCACCAUCUACUGCACAGCGCCGAAUCACUAUGAUCAGCUGGUGGAGCUGCUGGUGCCGCCGCCGCACAAGGUGGCCAAAUGACGCGGAUGCCAGCGGAUGGGCGCUGAGGUGGAUGCCAUUGGAAGUCGUAGCCUUUUUAGUGAUGAAGACUGUGUUAACUGUUUAGGUUUUCUGUUCCGACACUGUAUAUAGCCGACAAUGCUUGUGUUAUAUAUGCUGCAAAAUAUAAUCGAUAGGAAUAUUA